UAUCGCCAUAGCAACGCGUUUUCACCGACCACCCGUUUAAGUUUUGUUGUGAUAGAUUUGUUAAAUUGACGUCUUGCUUUGUGUGUAUACACAAUUGUAGCAAAUUCUGUGUUCAGUGUCAAGGCAGCGCCGUGUUGCUGUUCCAUUCGUUUCCGUUCGCUAGCGACGUUAACGUGGUUUGCGCUGCAGCUGCGUGAGCUUUGGUUUACGUGCACACGUUCUGUAGCUUUAUCAUCAUGUCCGCAGUCAACAGCCUGGUUCCAGCCCGCUUCCUCACACUCACAGCCCACCUGGUCAUUGUGAUUACCAUCUUCUGGUCCCGGGACAAUAAUGUCCGGGCAUGCCUUCCCCUGGAUUUUUCCCAAGAGGAGUACAACAGCCAAGACACACAGCUGGUAGUGGCACUGUCAGUGACCCUGGGCCUGUUUUUUAUUGAGCUCAUGGGUUUCUUCUCUGGAGUAUCAAUGUUCAACAGUAGUCAGAGCCUCCUCUCCAGUGCAGCCCAUGCUAGUGCCUCCAUCGCGCUCCUUUUUUUUCUCUUUGAGCAGUGGAGCUGUGCCAUCUACUGGUGGAUCUUUGCUUUCUGCAGUGCACUUCCCGCAGUUGUGGAAAUCCUGUUAUUCAUUGCUGUGUUUGGACUGAAGAAGAAGCCUCUUUAAGGGGUUUGAACCACAUCUCCAGCAAACCUUUCAGCACUUGGGCCUCUGUAACCCCCUGCUCGUCUGUUUGGACUGUUCUUGUCCGGAAAUGACAUUUGAUGUGCUGCUGUGCCAUUGUCUAUGGAUCAAGGACAAACCAAAAUCUGUUAAUACUAUAUACAGUACUUAUUGUUUUGGUGGAACAAAGAUAUUUUGUUUUAUACUGCCACCCUGAAAUCCACUUGACAUAGAAAAACGGAUUCUCUCUCCAAGUUUUCAGAAACAUUAAGUCAAUUGAGAACCCUCAAGCUUGAGGCUUAAAAACUCUUGAAAAUGAGGAAAAUGUAAUUGUUGUUGUACUUUUAUACUGUACCUUAAUUUUCUACUUUGAGCCAGAGUAGAUAAAGGUCUAAUAUUUUUUU